CCAACUUUCAGAUAUGGAAACAAAUUUUGAAGAACAUAAGAUUUCCAAAUAUUUUCCUUAACGGUACCCAAUUUUCCAUUUAAUUUUCCUAACCCAACGGUAAACAGAUUCAUAAAAGGAAAAUAAUUCGUAUAUUAAGCUUUUUAUUUCACUCCCAUCAACAAAUUACUCACAAAUCAUCAUCACUUCAUUCAAUUCUCUCCACUCUGUUUCAAUCUCAAAUUUCACAUUCACUUUCUGUGUUUAACAAAUAAUGGUAAUGGAGACAUCUGUUCGUUGUGGCUUAAGAAUCUGUCUUCAACUUCCUGAUUUAAACAAUGUUUACGUACCUCGGAAAAGACGUGGAUCUUCCUCCGGCGUCGGCAAGAAAGAGCAAUCCAUGACUGAAACCGAACUCCCCUUGUCUAUGGCGGAGGCUGCGUCUAUUCAAAUACAACUGGCAAACUCUGUUCCUGAUGUUCCACUGCAAAAAAUAAACAAAACCCGCAAGAGAAAAAACCCUCCGACGCAGACGGAGGCAUCGACGAGUAGGACUAAGCAACAGAGGAAGAAGAAUGUGGCAUCGACGAGUAGGACUAAGAAACAGAGGAAGAUGAAUGUAGACCAGAGUGAGCGUCCUCCGAUGCCGGUGGCGAUGAGAGAUCGGAUUUUAGAGAUGGGUGGGUAUGAAAUAAACCUAGUGAUUCAAAAACAACUUACUGAUACGGAUUUAAACAAAAACCAUGGUCGUUUGUCGAUGAACACAAAACUACUAUCGUUCGAUUUUGCAACCGAGGAAGAGAGCGAGUUACUGAGCGAACAAGAAAAUAAGAACAAGAGGGGGAUAAACGUAAUGGUAUUGGACGAUGUUCUAGAAGAAAGAAUGGUUUGUUUGAAGAAGUGGAAAAUUGGAAGUGGAGAAGUUUACUGUUUGAUGACACAUUGGAAUUCGAUGGUUGAAAAAAGGGGAUUGAAGAGUGGAGAAGAGAUUCAAGUUUGGAGCUUCAGAAAAGAUGAUGAAGAUGAAGCUCAUCGUCUUUGCUUGGCUUUGGUUAAAUUAGCAACUUGCUAAUUCAACUGAGUACCUUUAUGUAAGAAUGACUAAUUUUGGAAUUGGGUGAAGAAUUAGGGUUUGUGAGUUCAGGUGCGAAGCGAGGAAGGAAGAAGAUGGAAAAUUGUAAAUGCAAAUUUACUAAGAAAAUGAGACGUAGGGUUUUAGAGAUUUAGGAGAAUGAAAUUUAAAGGCCCAUUCGGUCCUUUUGAUGUAAAGAAACGAAAUGGAUUAAUGAAUUUAGAUUUCUCAUUGGCAAAUGUCAAA